AUGCCUUUGAGGACAGGCAGAAAUCGAACCUAUAGAAAGAUGAAGGUACUGUCGUCUAUUGAACAAGCUUGUGACAUUUGCCGACUUAAAAAGCUCAAGUGCUCAAAAGAAAAACCAAAGUGCGCUAAGUGUCUGAAGAAUAACUGGGAGUGUCGCUACUCCCCCAAGACCAAAAGGUCCCCCUUGACAAGGGCACAUCUGACAGAGGUAGAGUCGAGGCUAGAAAAAUUGGAGCAGCUGUUUUUACUCAUGUUUCCUCGAGAAAAUCUCGACCACAUUUUGAACAUGGACUCUUUGCACGAUAUAAAAGUCGUGUUGACACAAUUAUUUUUACAUGACUAUUCUAAUAAAGAUGCUGUCACUGAUAGCAUGGUCUCCGCACAGAAAGAUGCUAACAGAGGAUUGCAGCGGUACAUGAUAACUGCAACAUCAUCUUUGGAAGAAGAUGGCGACAAUGAUCAAAGACAGUUGACUGUAUCAACGGAUUCAGCAGCUCAUCAGGAUGGCUCUAGUAUCCCGUUGACUUCUAUGCCUAGGGAUGCUCUUCGUGGGUUUGACUGGUCUGAAGAAGAUGAAAUAUUGGCUUGCUUGGCCCUACUGAAUACAGAUCCCAACAAUAAUGGAUUCUUUGGAGAGGGCUCCCCCAUAUCAACCCUCCGAUCCAUCGACUUUAGUCCGGAAAAAUAUACAAACUCGAACGUUAAUAGACUUCCGACCGCAAUCACUGAUAGGUACUCCUUGGGCUCUAGGUCUACGACAUCCCGAUUCAUUCAAAGUUAUCUGAACAAUUUUCAUCCCUACUGCCCUAUCGUGCACUCUCAGACACUAAUGAUGUUAUAUAAUAAUCAGGUUGAAAUCGCAUCGAAGGACCAAUGGCAAAUUCUGUUCAACUCCAUAUUGUCCAUCGGGGCCUGGUGCAUAGAAGGAGAAUCUACUGAUAUAGAUUUAUUUUAUUAUCAGAAUGCUAAAUCCCAUCUUACGGGUAAAGUCUUCGAGUCAGGUUCUAUAACUUUGGUGAUAGCCUUGCACCUACUGUCACGAUAUACACAAUGGAGACAGAAAACAAAUACUAGUUAUAAUUUCCACAGCUUCUCUCUGAGAAUGGCCCUAUCUCUGGGUUUGAAUAGAGACCUCCCCUCAUCUUUUAAGGAUAGCAGCGUUUUAGAACAAAGACGCCGAAUUUGGUGGUCUGUCUACACCUGGGAGUUCCAUUUAGCUCUGCUUUAUGGUAGAUCCAUUCAGUUUAUCAAAAACACAAUCUCUUUUCCUUCCUCUGUUGACGAUAUGCAGCGUACUACAUCAAAUCCCACCAUUUACCACGGCACCAUAGAAACAGCAAGGCUUUUACAAGUUUUUGCGAGGAUUUGCGAACUCGAUAAAACAAGUACUACAGAAAAUAGUCCAAUGUCUGCUAAAAAAUGUUUGGCCAUCUGUAAUGAAAUUGAAGAAGUUUCUAGACAGAUGCCUCAGUUUCUACAAAUGGACAUUCCUUCCACAACUUUAGCCAACUUGUUAAAGCAGCAUCCUUGGCUAUCUUUUACACGAUUUAAACUCAAGUGGAGACAGCUGUCGCUUAUCAUUUAUGUAUUAAGAGGGUUUUUUACAAAUUUUAAUCAACAAAAGUCACAACCACAACGAGAUCAAAGUCAUCACCAAAGUUACGAAGUUGAACGAUGUUCUAUCAUGCUAAAUGAUGCGGCACAAAGAAGUAUCAUGUCUAUAAGUAACUAUAUGGACAAUCAUGCGAUGAACCCUUAUUUUGCUUGGAACUGCUCUUUUUAUUUGUUCAAUGCAUCGCUAGUGUACAUCGAAGCCUUAUUAUAUAGCCCACAAUCAAAUUCAGAUAGCAACGAAACUGCACAAUUAUUGCAACAGAUCAACUCCGUUCUGAUAUUAUUGAAAAAUCUGGCAACUUAUAAAGUACGCACUUGUGGAAAAUAUAUUCAAAUAUUGGAACAAGCAUGUGCUCCGUAUCUGACCUCUUCUUGUGUGAACGUAUCUUCUAAUAAUAAUAGUAACACCACAAGAAGCAAUUAUGGUUCUGCAGCCGUCUCACAAUAUCCUACCCUUCAAGAGGACAAUGUCAAUAAUAGCAGUGCAAGGUAUGUUUCCGCUAAUUCAGUAGGGUCUUCACCCACGCCAUUGAAGUCAGGAGCAAGUUUCAGUGACUUGGUAAAACUGUUAUCUAAUCGUCCACCUUCACGUAACUCGCCAGCAGUGAUAACAAAAAACACACCACCUCAUCGCUCCCUCACGCCUUUCUUGGGGCAACAACAACAGUCACAGUCAUUUGUACCACUGACCCCAUCUGCCUUAUUUGGUGGGAUAAACUCUUAUCAGAAUGGGAAUAAUAUAACUGAUAGUUCAUUAUCCUUUUCCUUCAACGCCAAUGGUAAUGGUACAACCCUCAUGACAACUCCGGCAAAUUCGCAAGCGCUUGCUCAGCCAAAUGCCUCCUCUAAUCUGCGUUACAACUUUAUCAAUAACAAUCAAAUCACAGCCAGUAAAAUUGAUGAUGAUGAUAAUUCAAAAUUGUUAGCACCUAGCUGGACGGAUCAAACUGCAUAUAACGCAUUCGGUAUCACUGCUGGGAUGUUUAAUACGACUACAAUGGAUGACGUAUACAACUAUUUGUUUGAUGAUGAUGAUACCCCACCCAAUCCAAUAAACGAAUAG